AUGCCGCCGCGCCGUCGAGGAGCGUUCGGCUACCGCGGUGUCCGCCUACGCCCCAACGGCGGCUACUACUCGGAGAUACGCUCCGGCGAUCUCCGGCUCGGCCUCGGCACCUACCGGACGGCGCACGAGGCCGCCCACGCGUACGAGGCGGCGGCGUGGCGCCUAGGCCGGCCGCGCGGCCAGAUGAACUUCCAAGAUGUGUACACGCUCCAGCAGGCGCUCGACGUCGCCCCGCCGCCUCAUACUGCUACAGAUGUUACCUUCACAUAUAAUCGCCUCGCUGCUCUACUGCCUCGUCGUCGCACGCCUCUGCUCCCACAUAAAAUGGCCACCGACAAUGACACCAAGCUCGCUGUAGCAGAGCUCGGCCCAACCCCCGCGCCGGAGGCCAUGAAACUCUGCACCGUCUGCGUAGCCACGGCCACCCACGACGCCAUGUCGCUGCCGUCACAGCAGGGGCAGUGGCUGCGCGCCGCCGUCCUCGGCGCAAGCGAUGGCCUCGUCUCCACCUCAGCGCUCAUGCUCGGCAUCGGCGCGGCGCGACCCGCCGACCCACGGGCGGCGCUCCUGUCGGGCGUGGCGGGCCUCGUCGCCGGCGCCUGCAGCAUGGCCAUCGGCGAGUACGUGUCGGUCCACGCGCAGCUGGACGUGGAGCUGGCCGGGCUCCAGCGGCUCGAGGAGGCGCGCGGGUACCCGGCGGACCGGGCCGGGCUGCCGAACCCGUGCCACGCGUCGGCGGCCUCGGCGCUGUCCUUCGCGGCCGGCGCGGCCAUCCCGCUGCUCGCGGCGUGGUUCGUGACAAGCUACGGGGUGCGGGUCGCCGUGGUCGUCGCGACGGCGACUCUGGCCUUGGCGGCGUUCGGCGCCCUCGGGGCGGUGCAGGGCCGCGCUCCAGGGGGGCGGGCCGGGCUGAGGGCCGCGCUGGGAGGAUUGGUGGCGAUGGCGGUCACCUAUGGUCUCAUGAAACUGUUCCGGACUCAUUCAGAUUGA